AUGGCUACCGUUCUGCAGCAAGCCCGUCCCCGCGCUCGUCGUACGAAGAAAACCAGCAAGCCGCGGGUGAGUGUCUAUCAGGUCAUCACUGACCGCAUCCUCGAAUUGCUCGAUCAGGGAAUCGUCCCUUGGCACAAGACGUGGGGCGGCCGAGCGUAUGCCCCGCAAUCGUUGACCACCGGCAAGCCCUAUCGGGGUAUCAACGCUUUUCUGCUGUUCUGUGCGGGGUUUGAGAACCCGCACUUCGUUACGUUCCGCCAGGCCAAGGCACUGAAGGGUUCGAUUCGCAAGGGUGAGAAGGCAAUGCCCGUGCUGUUCUAUCAAUUCCCGGAAGAUCGUCAGGAGCGGCUCGAGGAAUUGCAGAAGGCGGGCCAGAAGCCGGGUGAAGAGGAAUACUUAGGGCCGAUCGUCCGCUAUUACCGAGUGUUUAACGUCGCUCAAUGUGACGACCUCGACUCCAACAAAGUGCCGAAGGUAGAACAGCCGAGCUAUCACCACGACCCGAUCGCUGAGGCCGAGGCUAUCCUGGCAGCCAGCCCGGUGCAAGUGAAAGUGACCCACGGUUAUCGCGGGGCCGCUUACGUUCGGGACGAUGAUGCGAUCAUCAUGCCGCCCCGCGAACGUUUCGAGAAGGCCGAGCAUUACUACGCGACCUUGUUCCAUGAAAUGAUUCACGCCACAGGAGCCCCCUCGCGGUUGAACCGGACCAAGGGCAAGCAGUUUGGCGAUGCUGAUUAUGCCCGCGAAGAGCUGGUCGCCGAAAUGGGUGCCGCGUUCCUGUGCGGUCAUUGCGGAAUCGUCGAUCGCACGGUCGACAACUCUGCCGCUUAUAUCGACAACUGGCGACGUGUUCUCAAGGGGAAUGCCAAGCUAGUGGUUGAGGCCGCGGCAAAGGCACAGAAAGCAGCCGACCUGAUACUCGGCGUUAACUGGGACAAGCCGAGUGAGGAGAAGCAGCAGCCGGUUUGCGUGACCGCUGAGAAGCCUGCUCAAGGCAUGAGCGAUCGAAUGGCUGAAGAUAAUUUACGAACGAUCCGGCACGAUGCCAAGAGCCGAGGGUUGCGUUGGAGAGACGUUCAGGCCCGUUACGAAGAAUUGAAGCAAAUCGAAUAUGAGGCUCGCGAGAGACCUAACGCGAUUCGACAAGCGGCUUGGACGGCUCACACCACACCGGGCUGCCACGGUUUCUGGCGACAUGGCUUCGCGAAACGAUACGAACGUCGGUUGCAGAAGUCGGACUACACGUGCAUCCCAGGGUACGACACCUUGGCUCAAGAGAUCGCUUGUGACUUCCCAGAGUUUCGGGGCGAUCGGGGCUGCGAGCGAUUGUGGGCUUUUCUACUGUCGCCUCACGAUUGCUACCCGACCGCUGCUGAGUUGUACGCACAGGCGAUGGACGACAUCGAAUUGACUGGCCGCGCUCACCAGGGGAUCAAGACGGUUGAGAAUAGGACCUGGGCGACAUCGUAUCGCGGGCCGAUUGCUAUUCACGCUGGGAAGAGCUUGGCUUCGAUCGAAGAGGGAGCUCGGUUCAUUGAGUCGCUUGGGUAUGAAGUGCCGACAUUUGGCGAUGAGGACUUUGGGGCGAUUGUCGCUGUGGCGAACCUUGUCGAUUGCGUGAAGGUCGAUGAGGAUUCGCUCGGAAUGUUUGGGGUGCGUGAUAAUCCUUUCGCUCAAGGGCCGGUGUGCUGGGUGCUGAGUGACAUUCGGAAGCUGAUCGACUCUGUGUAUUGCAACGGAAAGCAGGGAUUGUGGAUCGUCGAUAUCCCUGAAAAAGCCUGA